AUGAGACUCACCACUUGGACUGACCACCCAAGUAGAAUCCCCAAGAGGAAGCAAUUGUUCAUCGCCGAGCAUGAGAGACAGAUCGUGUAUGACGACCCUGACAUGCAGAGGACAUUCGGUAAUCUUCCGCCUUAUUUGCGCCAAAAGAAGAGCCUCGCAUAUGAAGUUCUCAUCCACCUCCGAAGCAUCGCCGACUUCCGAUCGCGCUCGCCAUCCCCGUCGCCGGGACCCUCGCCCCCCUCCAGCGACUGCGAUUCGGGACAUGACGGGGAUCCGGAUCGCGGCUAUGGCGAGACACGUGGGGUAGGGCCGCGCCUGCACGGUUUUUUCAUUCAAGAUGGAGUCGAGGAUGGUGGUUCUGCUCCGGCGAACGACGCUGGGCCGUCUGGGGUCCGGUCGCGAGCUGGCGCGCCGCAGCCGCCGCCGCAUUCUCAGGCGCCGCGGGCUUUGGCGCAAGGGGCUGUUCUGAUGCCCCCGAAGGUUGCCGUGUCAAGCGUCGAGCGCGGGUCGCCGGCCGCCGCCGGCACGGUGGCCGCCGUCGUUGUGGAACGGCCAUGCUCAGAUUCCGAGGUAAACGAGGUGGGGCCCACACAGCGGACUGAAGACGCGCCCGUCAACGGCUCGCCCGUGAGCGCGCCGCAGGCUGACAGCGACGCCCACGUCGCGCCACUGUGCACGCCCGCGAACGGGCCAUACCCUGCUGCUCCUGCUCAACUGGGCACGCCCGUCAGCUUUUCACGGGUGCGCCGCGCGCCAUCGGGUCACCAGGGAUUCGGUAUGCUGCUACCGAGGGGCUGCCACGACGAAAAGGGAGCGGACCCCAUGCUGGUUGAGGCCGCGCUCCCCGCCAGCUCAAGUUCAAACGCCCCGGCCGUUUCCUCCCGCCAAGCCACGCCGUUGCGUACGUACGCGCGCCGGGCGCGUACUCGGCCUGAGCACGAGCUCGUCACCGGCAGUAUGGACCGCCCUACUCCGAGGAGGACGCCGGACAUCGACGACGGCUCCCCCCCCCCCCCCCCCCCUGGUGGCCACAUCCGACGCUCCUCCCGCGCCUGCGGAAGACGCGGCUCUUCCCACGGCACGGCGGCGAAACGCCUCGGCACCGCCGCCGCCGAACAGGCAUGA